UAAAUCUCACACUCUAAAUGGAAUCUGGGCCUGGUGUGUUACAUCAUUAACACCUGGUGUCUCUUGUGUGUGACAUCCCUUACUUUAGUUGUGUGUCAGUGCCUUUAGAGUAAAAAAGUUUACAAUUAAUACUGAAGCAUUGGUGGUGCUUUGGAAUUUAUUUUUUUCUUCUGAGAAGGUGUUGAGUGCCAUUCAAAAGAUAUCACCAUGCCAGUUGCAAUUGGUGGUCCAGAGGGUUACACUCCUCCAGAAGGGGGCUGGGGUUGGGCAGUGGUGGCUGGUGCCUUCAUCUCUAUUGGUUUCUCAUAUGCCUUCCCAAAGUCAAUUACUGUGUUCUUCAAAGAAAUUGAAGUGAUCUUUGGUGCCAGCAGCAGUCAAGUCUCCUGGAUUUCAUCCAUUAUGCUAGCUGUCAUGUAUGGAGCAGGUCCAAUCAGCAGUAUUCUGGUGAACAGGUAUGGCAGCCGUCCAGUCAUGAUAUUAGGGGGUUGUCUAUCUGGAGCUGGACUUAUUGGAGCAUCUUUUUGCAAGACAGUGGGGGGCUUGUAUUUUUGUGUGGGUUUUGUAGGAGGUUUGGGACUCGCGUUCAAUCUCAACCCAGCCCUUACUAUGAUUGGCAAAUAUUUCUACAAAAGAAGGCCCAUUGCAAAUGGUAUUGCAAUGGCUGGUAGCCCAGUGUUUCUAUGCACUUUAGCUCCCCUGAACACUUGGUUUUAUGACAAGUUUGGUUGGAAGGGUAGUUUCCUAAUCCUAGGUGGUAUUCUAUUCAAUUGUUGUGUAGCUGGAUCUCUUAUGAGGCCAAUUGGGCCAAAACCCAAACCCGCUGUAAAGGAGGUCAGUGCUGAUGGAAAGAAGAAGACAGCAAUGCAGCAUAUCAACAGUUUCAUUGAUCUAUCUCUUUUCAAACAUCGUGGAUUCCUCCUGUACCUUAUAGGCAAUAUUGUCAUGUUCUUUGGCCUUUUUACGCCCCUAGUAUUCCUUAGUAAUUUUGCCAAAAGUAGGGAUAUUCCAAAAGAGAAAGCAGCUUUUUUACUUUCAGUGCUGGCUAUUGUGGACAUGGUGGUGCGGCCAUCCAUGGGAGCAGUGGCCAGCACCAAGUGGAUACGACCAAGGAUACAGUAUUUCUUUGCUGCCUCAGUUCUAUUUAAUGGUUUGUGCCAUGUGCUUGCACCUCUUUCAGUUGAUUAUCUAGGGUUUGUUAUUUAUUCCAUGUUCUUUGGGUUUGGGUUUGGGUGGCUGAGCUGUGUGCUAUUUGAGACCCUGAUGGAUUUGGUGGGAACUCAGCGCUUCUCGAGUGCUGUGGGCCUGGUUACCAUUGUGGAAUGUGGACCAGUGUUAAUUAGCCCUCCACUGCUGGGAAAAUUUAAUGACAUCUACCAUGACUACAAGUACACUUACAUAAGCUGUGGAGUUAUUCUCAUGGUUGCAAGCAUUUUCCUUUUUGUCUGCAUGGGCAUUAACUACAGGCUCCUGGACAAGGAAACAAAGGAGGAAGCUAGAAAAUCUAAGCUAAAAGGAAAAGAGGAAGAAUCCACCAUAGACAUUGCAGAGAAGGAGACAGCUGCUGUAAUGCGAGUAAACAGAGAUACCAAAACAGCAGAAGACACUGUGUGACUUCAUUUAGAAGACAUGAUUGUACACUUUUCUGGAAAUGUAUGUCUUGGAAACAUUUCUGAUUGCUGUAAUAUUAUUUUUGUUGUGCAAUAUUUCCAUGCCUAAAAGUAUUGAUACAAUACAAGGUGGUUCAGCACUGACCUACAUGUAAAUAAGGUUAUUAUUUGACAUUUUUAAUUGAAUUCCUUUUUUUUUCCUAUUUAAUUUUAGAUAUUGCAUUUAUAACUAAUCUAACAAUAUAGUACUUAUAAGGGAUUUACAUAUAGCAACACUAAUAAAUAUCUUAUAUAUUACAUUCAUAGUCUCCUGAUAAUUAGAUCAAAGAGUUCUUGAUUUGAUAAUUCGAAUGGUGUAGCAUUCACACAAUUUACCUGGAACUAAAGUUUAUAAACAUGUGAUGGUCCUUUGUCCACAGUCCUAUGUCCAUAUAGUGUAUUUUAGUGCUUUGCAGUAACACAUUAAUGUAAUAGAAUGUCUUCAUUUGUUAUAUCUUAUAUUUUUGUAUCUGUUCUGAUAUGUUUAAAAAACAACCAAUAAUGGACAAUAUAAAAAAAAAAAAAGAA